AUGGUCAUGAAUGAGGAGAUUGCAAAAUAUGGAAGUGACUUGAGAGGAGGAUUUUCUAGUUUUGCUGUCUACUCCAGAGGUUUAACUGAGAAUAUGAUUGUAGGAAAUUCGCUAAGCUCAUUAUUGAGAGUUGUGUCUGUCUCCGGAGCAACCCCUGGAGAAUAUCAUGAAAAGAUUUACGAUUCACCUAUUUUUAUUCGCGUGCUUCCCAAAGAAAUAAACGAAAUUGAGAUUGAAUUGAGAACUAUGGAUGGGGGAAGACUUGUGCCAUUUGCUUUUGGAACAGUGAUGAUAGUUUUGAUAUUUAAAAAAGUUAUAAAUUUUUAA